AAAUUUGGCAAUCUUGUCUUAGCAAUAGUAGCAUUUUCUUUUAUACGAACUGGUAACACUGAACAUCAAAGAAUAUUCUGGUAUAUUAUAGUGUCAAUAAUAUUAUAUUUCACAAAUACAAAUAAUGAGAAAUUGCAUUCUGCGUGCUGCCAAGAUUGAAUAAAUUUUAAACAUCGUAUAUUUUGCAUAUAAAAUGGUAGAUUAUAGCAAGUGGACAAAUAUUGAGAUCUCUGAUGAUGAGGAUGACACACACCCAAAUAUCGAUACUCCCUCUUUGUUUAGAUGGCGUCAUCAGGCACGCUUAGAACGCAUGGCCGAGUUGGAACAUGAAAAGGAUGAAUUAACUAAGGCAAAGCAGUCAUAUCAGGCUAGGCUAGUGGACGUUAAAGAACGCCUUAAGAAUAAAGAGGGAAAGGAGAAUGAACUGGAAAAGGAACUUGAAAAAAUAGAGAAGGAAGGCAAAGAUUUAGAUUGCCGAGAGGAAGAGUUACUCAAAAAAGAAAAGAAAACCCCUUGGAAUGUGGACACAAUUAGCAAAGCAGGUUUUGAAAAAACUAUGUUCAAUAAGCAGCAGGCACGUAAAAAUGAUGAUAACUUAACCGAAGAAGAGCGUGAAGAAAGAUUGAAACGAUUUGUCAAGGAAAAUGAAAAGUUAUGCAAGGAAUACGGGAUGCUGCGUAAAUAUGAAGAUUCCAAGCGUUUUCUUCAAAAUCAUCUUGACCUUGUUUGCGAUGAUACUUCCAAUUAUUUAGUAAUUUGGUCAAUCAACUUGGAAAUGGAGGAGAAGCACGAUUUAAUGGCACAUGUUGCUCAUCAGUGCAUUUGCCUGCAAUACAUUCUCGAACUAGGGAAACAGUUGGAUGUCGAUCCACGAGCAUGCGUGGGCUCAUUCUUCUCAAAAAUACAAAACUGCAUGCCUGAAUAUCGACUUCAAUUCGAAAAUGAAAUUGAAGCUUUCAAAGAACGUAUUAAAAAAAGGGCAGAAGAAAAAAUCGAGGAAGCCAUUGUUGAAUCUGAAGCGGAGCGAAAAUCACGCCUCGGGCCGGGUGGUCUUGAUCCAGUCGAAGUGUUUGACGAAUUACCCGAUGAGUUAAAAAAGUGCUUUGAGACACGUGACACCGAGUUGCUACAAAAAACAAUUGCUUCAAUGGAUGUCGAUGUUGCCACAUAUCAUAUGAAACGUUGUGUGGAUUCAGGCCUUUGGGUGCCAAAUGCUGCCGAAUGUCUGUUAAAUGAAGAUACCGAUGAAAUUAAGCUAGGAUCAAAAAAUAUAGAGACCGAAGAGUCACCAAACCUUGAAUCCAACCCUAAUAAUUUGGACUGAUCUGUUAUGUUACCCAUGACGUCUUAAGUAAAUUUUCGAAAAAUUAUCUAUUCCUCGUUAUUAAAAUACGACCUCAAUUUUUAAAUCAGGACUUUCAUUUACAAUAAUCAUGAUUUUUCCCUUUGAAGCAGUUUUGUCCGAGCUUCGCUCUUACAUAAUCUAUAAAUAUAUUAUUUCAUAACUUUUACAUAUAUAAGUCUCUUAUUCUGAGAAUAUUUAUAAUUUGCGCCUACGAUGUAUUAUAAUAUGACAUACUAUUAUCUAUUAAGUUCCCUUCUACGAAAUAUUCAAAUUUAAUUCAAUUCGCCCACUUAACACAAACGAAAGGCAUUGACUAGCAAUACCUUAUUGGGAUUGACAUUGUUCUUGCCCCAUUGUUCAUAUCUAUAUCCAAUUAUUUAAUCAACUCAGGAGAGUUAAUCAGGAUUUGUUUAAUGUUUUUAUAGUGCGUCGGAACAUCAAGGACGAAAUUUGUUGAUAAUAGAUUAAAUGCAAUGUUAUAUAAUAUGCAAAUUUCAUCCGAUAUUAUAUAUUUUGCCAGAUUUAAUUAAAUAGGCGGAAGAAUAAGUAUAAAAUAUGGUUUUACGUAGUCGCUUCCUACGCCUUCGCACCGACUAAUAGCCGGUUCAAAAGAAAUUUUGGAAAUUAUUUUUCGUAUAUUACCAGCAAGGCAUGUUUAAGAUUUCCUUGAUUACAUAAAAUUAUUAAAACAAAAUAUUUAUUUUGCUUACAAAUAUUAAAUAAAAGAAUAAAAAACUUUCUUACUAACAGAAAGUUUGUUAACGUUUUAACGCUAUGACGCAUCAUUAGAUGUCUAAAAAAUGAUGUAUAAGAAAAGAGAAAGAGUUAAACAAGUAAUAUGCUAACAAUCCUAAAUAUGCAACGCAUCAAAAUAUUAUAAAAACAAAGAAAAAACAAACAUUUACCCACAUUUACCCCCAAAAAUACUUAUCAUA